AUGGCGGGCGAGAGGGUUGUUCGUGAUGUUGCUGGCGUGUACUCCCGACUUUUUGACCAUCGAGCUGUGUUGCAAAAUGAAUGUAAAUUCGUCAUUCGUGAAUUUGAAGGAAAGAGAAACGAUAGAGAGGUGUUAAAAUUGGCAGAAGCUGCGGGGAAAGUCAGUGAAAUCAAGGGACAAAUUCCACAGUGUAUUGAGCUGGCUGAACUGUUGAGGGAAGUGCAAGACCAACUGAAAGAUGCGAGACAACGGUGCCACUAUAUUUUGGAACAAGAAGAACAGGAUUUAAAUAAAACAAAGAGGGAAGAAAUUAAAGAGAAGACUAAAAAACAGUGGGAUGAGUUCUUAAAAGAAAUGGAUAAGGAAGAAGAAAAAAUCGAGAAAGAUUUUAUGACCAAGUCUUUGAAAUUGAAAGAAAAAUAUGGAAAGGUGUCUAUAAGUGCAACAGAGUAA